AUGUUCGGAGAGAAGGGCUUGGGAUACAGUCUGGCCUACAACUACAUCGGAAGUUACGAGUCUAUUAUCCCCAAAAUGGUCUACUUCGGACUUAACUCCUACCUGGGCGGACUCAAACUUGGUAGCAGUGAGUUCGCCAUCGCACUGUCAAGUCUGCGCACACUCAUCGCGACAAUUGGCGACCAAAAAUCUGAAAGAGACCAGGAAAGAGGCCCGGGACCCAAAUUUGGUGUAGGACCAUUCACUUUGAGAGGCGUCACCAGCUUGGGCCCCCGCAUCGAGGAGCCUCUCGAAGGGCACAUUUACUUCCCAUCCCCUGGUGGGCCCCAGUUCGUCAACUUCAACGAGGACAACGUGGUCUCAAUAACGGAGGAUUUGAUCGUUCAGGCAAUCCAGUUUUUAUUUGAUCAGGAGUAUCACAAAUCCAAGCUUUUCCAUGGCUCUCGUUAUUCGUACUCUGUACCUGAUAUCACAGGCCAUAUCACUUUCUUUAAUAUCGACGAAAUCAAUCUUUUACGCGCAUCCGGCGACGCGGCCUUAAUAAGAGAAGACGUGGUCACAAGAAAUCGAUACAACAGUCGCCAGGAACAGUACAUAAUGAGUGGAUUCAAAUUCAGUACGAAUAUA